AUGUCGCAACCCUCGGACGUCGAGAACGUCGAGCGCGAACGCUGGGAUGCAUCUCAAGACUCUCACCACAACAAGCACGACCUCGCCGACAAGCAGAUCGGUGUCGUCGCUGCUGAGGCAGGUCGAAGUGUAGCUGAUUGGACGCUCUGGGUCGGCAUCCUCGGCAUCGCCCUCGUCGCCUACCUCUACGGCCUCGACAACAACACCAUGUAUGCCUGGCAGACGUACGCCACCACCUCCUUCAACGAUUACAAAGCCUACACCGCCGUCUCGGUUGUACAGGCUGUCCUGAUCGCCGUCGGCAAGUUCCCCAUCGCAAAGUUGGCCGACGUCUUUGGUCGUGCUCAGGCCUACGCCUUGUCUGUCUUCUUCUGGGUUCUUGGAUUCGUCAUUAUCGCUGUAGCUCAGCAAACUCGUGACGUCGCUGGAGGCACCGUCAUCUACGCCCUCGGCAACACCGGUGUCCAGAUCAUGCAGCAGAUCGUCAUCGCCGACUACAUCUCUACAAAGUGGCGAGGUGCCGCCAUCGGUCUGGUCAGUCUUCCUUACGUCGUCAACUUCUAUGUGGCUUCGCAGAUCGCCAGCAAGAUCGGCACCGUCAACUGGCGUUGGGGCCCUGGCUUCUUCAGCAUCUGCGCUCCCGUCGCCGCAUUCUCCAUCAUCCUCGCCCUUGCCGUCAACCAGAGGAGGGCCAAGGCAAAGGGUCUCAUCCCCGAUCACCCCUACAAGUCCAUGCCUUUCCUCACCGCCGUGUACUCCUUCCUCAUCGACAUUGACGCACCCGGCCUCUUCCUCAUCUGCGUUGGUUUCCUCCUCCUCCUUCUUCCUCUCAACCUCGCAAAGCUCCAGCCCGACGGCUGGUCCACUGGCUGGAUCAUCGCCAUGCUCGUCAUCGGCGGUCUAAUGCUCAUCGGUUUCUGCGUCUGGGAGAUCUUUGCUCCCAAGCCCAUCCUCAACAGGCGAUGGAGGCUCAACCGCGACGUUCACUUCGCCACCGCCAUCGGCUUCUUCGACUUCUUCAGCUUCUACGCUUCCUGGGUCCCUGCCUAUUACUGGUCUCUCAUCGUCAUGGGCUACGACAGCACCGGCGCUCUCUACUUCUCCAACUGUCAGUCUUUGGCUUUGACCGUCUUUGGUAUCGCCGCCGGCUUCCUUUCUCUCGGUACCAAGAACUACAAAUGGGUCUUGGUCUCGGGUGCCUGCAUUCGAUUGCUUGGCAUUGGCCUCAUGAUCAAGUACCGAUCUGCCGGCUCCUCCAAUGUUCAGGCCGUAUUCCCCCAGGUUCUUCAGGGUAUGGGUGGAGGCUUCCUCGGUAUCACCCUUCAGGUUGCCGCCCAGGUCAGCGUCCGUCACCAGGAUGUCGCUACCGUCACUGCUUACUUCCUCCUCCUCACCGAGAUGGGUGGUGCUUGUGGUAAUGCCCUCGUCGGUGCAGUUCAGACCAACGUCCUUCCUGGCUACUACGAGAAAUACCUUCCUAUGCUCAGUGCCACCGAGCGUGCAGCCAUCUUCGCCAACCCCUUUACUGCCAUCACCACCUACCCCAUCGGCACCCCUGAGAGGGCCGGCAUCAUCAGCGCCUACAACGACUACAUGCACAUCCUCCUCAUCGUCGCCAUUGUCCUCGCUGUGCCGCCCAUCAUUCUCGGCCUCGUUGUCAACAAUCGCAAGCUCAACGACAAGCAAAACUGCGUCAGCAACGAGCUCGCCGGUAUGAGGCGUGUUUCUGGCGAGAGCGAGCAGCCCUCCGAGUCGUCCGUCGACAAGAACUAG